AUGUCCCCAUAUGUAUUUAUUUCCGUACAUACCGUUCAUCUUUACCCCCUCUCUCUCUUUCCUCUUUCUCUCUCUCUCUCUCUCUCUCUCUCUCUUUCUCUUUUCCUAUCUAUAUAUAAUGCAACACACUACUUUUUGAAUAAAACCCCUUUUUUCUUUACCUCCUUCACUUGUUCUCCUCCCACUUCUGAGUCUCCUACUCCCUUCUUUCGUUUUUCCUCUUUGUUUCUCUUUAUUACACUCUCUUUCUUUAACUUCUGUCCUAUUCUCCUCUUCCUUCUACUUCUGUUCUGUCUUAUUCUCCUCUUCCUUCUACUCACAUUCAUUCUCUCUCCUUGCUCACUCUCUCUUUCUCUAACUCCUCCCUCUCAAUAUUUCCUUUCUCUCUUCACCCUUCCCUCCUUCCACUUUUCUUUUCUAUCACAUUCCUUUUCAUUACCCACAUCUUCCAUAUUUAUCUUCCACGCUAUCUUUCUCUAUUCCUUUCAUAUGGCUAUCUCUUAUUCUCUUUCUCGCUUCUUUCUUUUUUCGCCUCUCACUACACCUACGUCUUUUCUCCACCCCUUCUUCCUUCCUUUCUCUUUUCCUUUUCUUUUUCACUCUGAAAGUUCAAUCGCCUCUUGCCUUAUAUAUCCUCUAGUGCUCUGUGACACCCUCUCUCACUUCCCUUAUUUUCUUCCUCACCCUCCUCUCUUAUCUACAUUAUUCCUUUCUUUUACUUUUGUCUUCAUCGUUCUCUUUCUCUUUCUCUUUAUUCCUUCUUUCUCUCUCUCUCUGUCUUCUAUUCUCUUUCUGUCUCCCGUCUUCCCUAACUAUGUCUACGUUUGGCUUUCUCUUACCUUCCUUCUAUCUUUCGCUCUAUCAAGGUUCCUCGCUCCUCAAAACCUCCUGAUUAGAUGCCUUGCUGCCAUAGCCAGAACGCAGGUCGAAAUACCGCUAAACAAAUAA